AUUAUUGACUUAUUGUCUUGUAGUCAUAGCCGUGUAAACUCCAGAUCAUAAUUCUGUCUAUUUCUUCUUCGUGAGCUUUGUCGAUUAAACAAUUUCAUUUUGAAAAGCGUUGUUGUGCUCUUCGUAGACUGUGAGCACACCGGUAGCAAAAAAGAGAGAGUAUAAUUUGGAAGAUGGCAUUGACGAUCCAUUCAGCACCAGGGAGCUCAGGGUACUUGGAUAUGUACCCAGAGAGAAGGAUGUCUUAUUUUGGUAAUCCUUACAUUCUCGGUUUGACUCUCACUGCCGGCAUCGGUGGCCUUCUCUUCGGCUAUGACACAGGUGUUAUAUCUGGUGCCCUUUUGUACAUUAAAGAUGAUUUCCAAAUUGUUAAACAGAGCAGUUUCUUACAGGAAACUAUUGUAAGCAUGGCUUUAGUUGGUGCCAUGAUCGGUGCUGCCUCAGGAGGUUGGAUCAAUGACUACUACGGUCGUAAAAAGGCGACUUUGUUCGCUGAUGUUGUCUUUGCUGCUGGAGCUAUCGUUAUGGCUGCUGCUCCUGAUCCUUAUGUCUUAAUCGCCGGUCGUCUCUUGGUUGGUUUAGGAGUUGGUGUUGCUUCUGUGACUGCACCCGUUUAUAUAGCAGAAGCAUCUCCAUCUGAAGUGAGAGGUGGGCUUGUCAGCACCAAUGUGUUGAUGAUCACCGGUGGACAGUUUCUUUCAUAUCUCGUUAACUCUGCUUUUACACAGGUUCCAGGAACAUGGAGAUGGAUGCUUGGGGUGUCAGGUGUUCCUGCUGUUGUUCAGUUCGGUCUAAUGCUGUUCAUGCCAGAAUCUCCUCGAUGGCUUUACAUGAAGAACCGUAAAGAGGAAGCUAUCCAAUUGCUUUCAAAAAUGUAUGACAUCUCUCGUUUAGAGGACGAGAUUAAUCAUCUUUCCGCAGCUGAGGAGGAAGAGAAGCUACAGAAAGACACUAUUAGCUACUUGGACGUCUUUAAAUCCAAAGAAAUGAGACUCGCAUUCUUCGCAGGAGCAGGACUUCAGGCGUUUCAGCAAUUCACUGGGAUCAAUACUGUUAUGUACUAUAGUCCUACGAUAGUGCAGAUGGCUGGUUUCCAUUCAAACCAGCUCGCUCUGUUACUCUCUCUCAUCGUUGCUGGCAUGAACGCUGCUGGAACAGUCGUGGGGAUCUACUUCAUCGACCAUUGUGGACGGAAGAAGCUUGCUCUCUCGAGUUUAUGCGGUGUCAUUGUAUCUCUCAUUAUCCUCUCAGUCUCGUUCUUGAAACAAUCUGAUGUAACAUCUGAUGGAGGGUUCUACGGUUGGCUCGCUGUGCUUGGCUUGGCUCUGUAUAUUGCCUUCUUUGCACCGGGAAUGGGACCGGUUCCGUGGACGGUGAACUCGGAGAUAUACCCACAACAGUACCGAGGCAUAUGCGGAGGCAUGUCUGCAACGGUUAACUGGAUCAGCAACUUGAUUGUGGCACAAACAUUCUUGUCAAUCGCAGAAGCUGCUGGUACUGGAGUUACUUUCUUGAUUUUGGCGGGAAUCGCGGGUUUGGCGGUUGUCUUUGUGAUUGUGUUUGUCCCUGAGACUCAGGGGCUAACGUUUUUGGAAGUGGAGCAGAUUUGGAAAGAGAGGGCUUGGGGUAGUAGCAGAGAUGGCGACAACAUGGAGGGGUUACUCGAGCAGGGGUCUCGGUCUUGAGUGGUUUAUGCUCAUACAUUGUGGUAUGAAUCACAGUCUCCAGAGUAAACCAAGAGUAGUUCCGGUUUAGCUCAGUGAGAUGUAUGUAAUGUUGGAAUUGCUAUAAUGUAUUUGUUAUUAAAUACGGUUUAGGGUCCACUUUGGAUCCAGUCUUGUCUAUGUCUUAUGUUCUAGAGAUUUCUUGUCUACAACUCGCUGUAUGAUGCAUGUGUCUAAGGUCUAAGCAUAGAAAAGUCGACAAGGGCAUUGAAUA